AUGGCACCAGCCACUGAAGCUCAUCUGACCAUCAAGGAGACGGACGAGAUAGGGACGACGGUGGUGACAUAUCGCUGCCCAAGCAGCAAGCUGCAGCCGAGACGGGCUGGAAGAGUUGGCAUCACUUUACCACCGCGGCAGCCAUCUUCAACUUCCUACCUAACUUCCAUCUUGAACGUAUUCCUGCCAUCUGGAUACCCACACAGCGUCACUGAUGAUUAUCUCGAAUAUCAGAUAUAUGUUAGCCAACAGCCUUUCCCGUCCAGUGACAGAAAAGAGAAAAAGCUAACCGUUUCAUACCAGGACUCGCUCCAAGCAUUUUCAAGUUCAAUUGCAGGACUCCUGUCCUCCAGAGCAGUCCUGCAAGGCGUCGGUGUUGGAGAUGCCACCGCUUCCCCCACGGCAGCAUUACUCCUCAACGUCCUUCAGGAAAGCAUGGGCAGGAUAGCGACCAUCUUAUUUGCUCAUCGUCUUGGAACCUCUCUCGAACCAGAGUACUGUUUAUCGCCUGUUUUCCCCAAGCCGGUGAGGGUAGGCUUUCUCAGCCUUUCAAGCGUGUUGAGAGCGUUAUGCGGUGUUGCGGCCGGUAGCUCCAAGGCUAGCUUGAGCGCUCAUUUUGCACGAUGGGGGAAUCUGGGGGAGUUGAACGCGAAAGACUCCAGUCAGGAGACUGUGAUAUCUCUGGUUGGAAUGUUGGUGGGCAGCGUAGUGGUGGCCUACGUCUCAUCUCCAUUAGCAACAUGGGUUGCGCUCCUCUUUCUGCUCGCUAUACACCUGGCAACAAACCACGCAGCAGUCAGGGCAGUCAACAUGACGACUCUAAACCGCCAGCGUGCGAAUAUCGUGUUCUCAUCGCUAUUCGACGAUGACCGGGUCCUCACGCCAGCGCAGGUGUCGAAGGAAGAACGAAUCUUUGAGAGGGACGGGGUGCUUCGGUGGAAAGCUGAAGCUACCGGUGUCCUGGGAACAUGUCGAGUGGGAGUCUCUCUAGAGCAGUUACUGCUGCUCCUCCCUCACUCGCAAACGAAUGAUGCAAGUAAGACCAGUCGUAGAAGCGAAGCCGGUGCCGACUUCGGUGUCAGCCUGCCGGUUCUCGUCGACUUAUUCAAAGAAGAGGAGUAUCUUCUCUACUUUAGCCCCCGGGACCAUGCAGCAGUCAUAAUAUUAAAAGCCGGAGUUACGGCACAAGCACAGCUGAAGGCGUGGAGUCACGCGCUGCUCGUUUCUAGACGUCUUGCAGGGAGGUCGACCUCCGCCUGCAUAAACGAGAAGCAAGGCGGCCAGAAUGAACUGUCGGUGCUCUCUAUUUUGAGGGACACGUUGCGGGAACACUCGAAGGCGUUUGAUGACCGAGUCGAACGCCUGAAGCAAGCUGGCUGGGAGACGGAUAUCGCCUCCUUGGAGACAAAGCCUGGAAGAAGAGUUCACGUACCCGUUUGA